GAUACAGUGAUAACAAAAGGAAGUGAAGUUGAAAUAUUAUUACGUGAUGUUCUUUGUAGUGUGUCGCGUUGUUAGGCUACUCCUCUACGCAAGGCUGGAAUCCAGUAAGAGAGAUAAUGGAAUGAGGCGACAGGCAAUAGAGGGCGAGCAAAUAAACGGGAGAAGAAGACAGCAAAAAAGGCUGCGUCACCAUGUUUGUGAGGUCUUUAUGUAUUUCUAUCGCAACGCUCCACCUCCUCCUCCCAUGUGGCGCGGCGCAGGGGACGGGCGAGCAGUGCGAACGCGUCGACGGGACGAUCGGAACCUGUAUGGAGUUCAGCCGCUGCUUGCAAUCAGACGGAAACGCGCAGAGUGUCGUCAACCUGAGAUCUUGCGCGACUACCUGGGGAGACAUUAGGCAGACACCCGUGUGUUGCAGAAGCAAUCCUAGGAAUCUGGCAAGAGCGAG